GUCGGACACUCGCUCGUCAGAAGGAGAGCUUAAUUGUAGGAAAAAAGAACGGAUGGAUACAGGAAAACUAUUUGCUCGCAAGCCGCCGCAUAACCACACGUUCAUCUUCUGCCGAACUCUGGUCAGGCCCAAAAACCCUUGGAGAGACGGAUCGACACUUCCGAAGGCAACAACUCGCGAGCACUACACCUGUGAUGAGCCGCCCACAGUUGAACUACCAGCUGCUGAUCUGAUGGAAAACCAAGUGCUUCGAUUCUUUUGCUUUUUCAAGUCACAUGUCGAAGAAGACAAAAUGCAAAACAUCCGAGUUCGGCGAUGCAACCUAUACUACUACCUUGAGGACGACACAGUCCAAAUUGAAGAACCUCAGAUUGACAACAGUGGUCUUCGGCAUGGGACUCUCAUCAAGCGGCAUCGCAUUCAAAAUGCUAGCAAUCCGAUGGUCUACAUUUCGCCGGCAGAUCUUUGCAUUGGGAGAGAGAUAACCAUCUACGGCAUAACUAUUCGAAUGGCUGACUGUGACGAGUUUACGAGAAAAUGGUACAAAAACUCGGGCAACGAGCAACCGCCACCUGAGGAGAUUCCACGGGACAGCUUCGUCACGAUGCGCCGGUUAUCGGAACUUCAGACGUGCAAAGUUCCCAUGACUUAUGACAAGCAAUACCGCGAAGUGAUGCUUGGAGGAGGUUUCGUCAAUCAAAACAUGCAACAAUUCAUGGAGAAAGACCGAAUGGUCUGCCGAUUUUUCGCCUCGUACGAUGAUUCGCUGUCUUCUCGAUUCGAAAGAAGGCUGAUGGUCAUACUGUUUUAUCUCUGUGACGAUACGAUUGAAAUCCGUGAGCACCUCCCAACCAACAGCUCUCGACCACAUUUUCCGGUCUACUUCAGACGACGCAAACUUCCAAAGACCAAGGUUGCCCCACUAGGGCCUUGUGAUCCUUUGCUCAAGAAAGAAGACUAUUUCCAGAUAACGGAUUUCAAGGUCGGAUCGAUGAUGCGAAUGUUAGACGUUGAUUUCUUCAUCUACGACGCAGACGGAUUCACCAGAGAAUAUUUCAGGCGAGAGCUUAAAAUCGAGCUGGAUCCUGCCAUUGACGUGCGCAUCGACCUGCCCCCCCCUCCCGAUCCUCCAGUGCCACCUCCAACUGGAUACGGCACCGACAGUGACUCAAUGACGUCCGUUAAAUACAUCGUCCCCAAGCAGAGAAUUGAGCAGUACAAAAAAUCAAACGAACUCGAUGGCAAGUGUCUCCGUUUCCGUGCACACUUGUUGGAGCCCCUUGCCCCCGGUCAGAAAAAGCGGCUUUUCUGUAUCGAAUACCACUUGGCGGAUGAGGAAGUUGCAAUUACUGAAAUCCAUCAAAGGGAUGUCGGAGUCACUGGAGGGAAGUUCUUGCAGAAGGGGAAGUACAAACACGAACAAACUCAGCAGACCCUCAGACCGUGCGAUUUCAGUGUUGGGAAAAAAAUGUGCAUCAAUAAGCACUUCUUUCAAGUGGUCGACGCCGAUCAGUUUACCAGGACCUACAUGACGACUGGCAAAAUUGACAGCAGUCAAUCAGAUCUACAUCGCAUUCUUCAGCGUUUGAGAGAUUCCCUGGACGAAAGACUAACGACGCUACGAGACAUGUUUCGAAAACUCGACCAGUGGUCUCUGAAUUAUCAAACAGUGCCCUUCCGGGUAAACGUGGCAGCUCCAUCUUUUGACUCCACAAAUCAUUUUUAUGGUGCGACGCAGGACAAAAACGGAGUUGUCACGGUGGAGGAACUGAAAAGCUGCUUGGCAAAAGUGGGAUACGAGUUGUCUCCCGAGGAGGUUCUCACCUUGCUAAGGUAUUUCGAUACUAACGGCGAUCAUCAGGUCAACUACGUGGAAUUCUGCGAUUCGUGUCUCAAAAGUUCUUGCAACACGUCCGGCUGCUGCCCACUGUCAGUGAAGUCGCCGCGGGGCGCUGCAGAUCCCGCGGCCCACUGUGUCAAAAGGCUGGAAGAGGCAAGUGAAAUAAAAAAGGCGGUCCGAAAAAUUCAGCACCUGUUUUACCAACAACCCCGGCUUUUGAACAAGCUUGCAAAGGAAUUCAGUCACAUGACUGUUGGGAAAACCGUCACAGCGAGCCAAGUCUGCGAGGCGCUGAAAUCAAUAGGUCACGAGUUUCCCCUGAGCACCGUCCAGAGGUGCAUUGCAUACAUGUUUCCUGAAAAAGAAUUUGAGGACAUUGAUUACAAUCAAUUUAUUCAGACUGUCUGCACAUCGUACAACGACUUUCCCUCUGAGAGGUGA